AUGGAUAAAAAUAUUAAUACUAGAUUAGUUCGACGACUAAGUUCGACUUUUACUGAUCCAUCGAAUAUUUUAUCGAUUCAAGAAUUACGAUCACGAAUUCUACAGGUAUUAAAUGAGGCCAAACAUUUUUCAAACAUGACUCGAAAUUUGUAGGAUUCUUCUGCUGCUUCAAAAUUUGUUAUUGAUGAUAUUACAAGAAUACGAAACGAUGAUUGGUGGCUGGAUAGAUUUCUCGAAUCAGUAAAUUAUGAUGUAGAUAUUGCUUAUGCUAUUAUGCUUGAAUGUUUGAAAUGGAGGAAAAAUUUCAAUAUUGAUAGUAAGUUUUCAAACAGUAGGGAAGAACUUCAGAAUGGUGGGAACUGGUUUGAAUAUACGGUAAGGAAUCUGGGAUACUUAUUCUGAAAAUACAGAACUAGGUUGGAACACGGGGAUUUCAAUAUGAAGCCUUGAAAAAAGAGCUUGACGAGAUCUCUUUUCAGAAAAUAAUUUUUUAAGGAAUCUCUCUUCUCGAACUAAAACCAUUUUUGGAUCAACAGCUAAUGUAUCUCCAUGGAAAAGAUAUGCAGAAUCGACAUAUUUGUGAGUUGUUACAACAAAUAAUAUAUUUUCCAAACACCUUUUUUUCUAGUAUGGAUUAUGAUGAAUAAGUAUAAAAAUGGUGAUGAUGGAUUUGAAAAACUUUUCAUUUUUUGGCUGGAACGACAUUAUAUGGAAUACAGUGGUUGCCAGCCACUUUCCUUGUUUAUUGAUAUGACUGGCACUGGACUCAAAAAUAUGGUAAAUAUCAGUAUAUUUAAAAAAAACUUUGUCAAUCAUCAAAAAUAAACAAAAAUUUUAGAGCUUCGAUGCACUUAAGUUUGUGAUGCACUCAAUAAAAUAUUAUUAUCCGCAAUCGGUUCAAUCAAUCUAUAUUUUCGAUAGUCCUGCUAUUCUUAACGCAUCUUGGAAGGUUUGAAGAACAAAAAAGAUAAUAGAAAAUGUAUCAUCUUUUUUGUUUUAGGUAAUUGGAUCCUGGUUUGAAUCAUCAUCUUCGACGACUCAAAGAAACGAUUUAUUGACAUUUGUGUCAAAAGCUAGUGUCACACAUUACGUGCCCAAAUCAUUUUUAUUAGAACAUCACGGUGGUACAGUAAGUUAUUUGAUUAUUAAAAAUUAUUAUAAUUUUCUUCAAUUGUAGUUUAUCGGGAAAUCAAUAGUUAAUCACAAUUCCCCAAAAUACAAAAAUUACUACAAGUUAUUUGAUUCCAAAGAUUGAAAAAACAGAAACAAUCAAUCAAAAUGUUUCCAUGAAUCUUUUCUUUUAUAUUCCAACAUCUGCUCUUCUUUCUUAACACUACUCUGAACUCGCUUUCUCCGUUGCAUUACGAGAAUGAACUCUUUUUUUCGUUGUAAUAUUCGGAGAUAAGCUCGAGAACUCUUUUGACCAGCACAUUUUUUCUCUAUUUUUUUUUUCUAUUUACAAGUUUCGAUUCUUUGAGAAAUGUAUUUAUAGUUUCAAACGUAACUUAUCUAUCCAUAAUACUUUCAGUUUUUGAGAAGAAAAAUACUAAUCCUACUCAACAAAAAUUCAACUCUUAUAUUACUCGAAAGCUUAUUGAUUUUUAAAAAGCUUCUCAUAAAAUUGUAAUGAGAAAAAUGAAUCAAAGUUUGAAUAAAUAUGUUAUUCUUGAAAACUUCUUUUGAAAGUUGAGUUUAUGCAAAUACUAUUUUCAUAUCCAUUUAUCAUUAGUUAUAAACUUUUCUACGCAAUGACAAAUUAUCUACAUUUUUCACAAUUACAUUAAUUUUCAGGAUACUUUCAAAUUUACAAUGGACGAACUAGCUAAAUGUUUACCUCCACCACCACCACCAAAACCAUCUUCAAAGCUUAUCCAACAAAAAAUAAAUUCAAUCGAAGACACAACAAACAAUAAUAACAUACCAGCUACAGAAUUCGAUUUUUCAUCAUUCCAAAAAAGAGUUAGUAUUUUUGAAAGUUUGAUUUCGCGACAUUUGAAAAGAAAAAAUCUGCCUUUUCACUAACAGAAAAGAACAGGUGUUUGGCCAAUAGUUCUCAUGAUAGAAAAGUCGUAGUUUUUAUUUAUAACAUUUUUACUGCGUUUCUAAAACUUGAGAAUGGAAUUGGCAGUGAGUAACUUUUUUUAGAAAAAAAAUUAAAUAUAUUUUUUAAGAAUGUGAAAUUCGAUGAAGAAUCUGUUACAAAACGAGCUCCUUCAAUUUCUCGUCGUUCGAGUCGUGGACCAAAAGGUCGAAAAUCACAAAUUCCACCUGGAUUGCGACCACUUAUUGAGAAACGAGUUAACGCAUCAGUUGAUGAUUGGUCAGCAAACGACUUUGUGUCAAUAACGUGGGUUUUUUCUAGCGAAAAUUACGUCAACAAUAAAUACAAGUAUUCAUUUCAGCCCGAGAGAUGAUUUGAAACUGGAAAAACUUGAGGGAGAGUCAGAUCUUGUAGAUGUGGUUCUAGUGAAAAAUCAAUCUUUGGAUCAACCAGUUAUGUUUAAAUUCAAAACAACGUCACCAGAAAAAUUCCGAGUGCGACCAAGUUCAGGAAUAGUUGCACCAGGUGGAACAGAAAUAAUUCGUGUUUAUCUACAAUAUGGUAAGAGAAUCGGGGAUAUCUAACAAGAAUAAAUUUGAAAUUUUAGAAUAUCGUCAUUCUUGGAACAAAGAGAAAUUUUUGAUGCAAACUAUGGAAUCAUCUUCAACAGAUCUCGAUUCGUUUUCCGAACUUUUCAAGAGCGCAGAGAAACGAGCAGAAUUCAAAUUUAAAUGUAAACUGGCUGAAAACGUUGUUUUGGACGAUCCAGAAGAAAGAAGAUCAAGUUUUUUGCUCAUGCAGCAACUUCAACAAAAACAACAAACAAUUCCAUCAAUGGCAACAGUAUCAGGAGUCAAUAUCAAUCUGCCAAUGAUGAUAUUUGUGUUGUUUUUAUUUCUGAUUUUCCAGUUCAUGUAUAUUUUGCAAAUCAGAUCCGACAACAAUAUGUUACGUGAGACUAUCUCAUCUUUAACAGUUCAAAUGAAAGAAAGUGUGAAAAUACAAGAAACUGUCGAGGAAUUGAUGAAAAAAGAACUGUGAAUAUUCAAAUGUUGAAAAUAAAUAUUUUAUGAAAGUGCUCUCGUUUUUACUAAAAUUUUUGACAACUAAAUAAGAACGCAACCUCAACAAUCAAAGUUAAAUAGAACGGGAAAAUUAACGAACAAUAUUUAAAUAUUUUUCUGUACGUAUAUGCAUGUAAAACAACGAUAUAAAUAUUUACAGAACAUAGAAAAUAAGAGGAAACGAUACCCAAAAUAAAGAGCAAUAGUUUUUAGAUAAACGCCAACUUAUAUCGAGUCAAAAAACUAGAAAAAACAAGAAAACUGCAGCCUGAAAAUAAAAUCCACGACUUUAUCGAUCGCCGUAAAUCUACACAGCAGCCAUGGGUCUCGUUACGCCCGCGAUGUUCCUUUGAACGUUGGCUGAGUAUUAAACGUUAAUACAUGUGUGUCUGCAGCUCCCUUCAGCCCUUGAAUCUCUUUUUUUGAAUUUUUCUUUUUUCACGCCAUGUUUUUACUGAAAAAAAUGGGUUUACAUAAAAAUUGACACUUUUAAAUUGCUUGGAAUCGUUUAUUUUACUGGCCUUUCUUGUUUUAAUCGUAAAAUUGUUUUUUAUUCGAAAAAUUGCUAUUUAAAAAAAAAAAAAAUAUUUUUUAAGGUAAAAUGUCGAAGAGAGGACGCGGAGGAGCUUCAGGAGCCAAGUUCCGUAUCUCCCUUGGUCUCCCAGUCGGAGCCGUCAUGAACUGUGCCGACAACACCGGAGCCAAGAACUUGUUCGUCAUCUCCGUCUACGGAAUUCGUGGUCGUCUCAACAGAUUGCCAAGCGCUGGAGUUGGAGACAUGUUCGUCUGCUCAGUCAAGAAGGGAAAGCCAGAGCUUAGAAAGAAGGGUGAGUUUUUCUAAUUCUAUUGGGGCUCGUUAAAUUUUUAACUUUCAAAAAAUAUUCGCUAUUUAUCUUAAUAAAUUUUUUCAUCUGUAAAUAUUGAUGAAUAAAAAAUCGUUUUUAUUUUUAGCACCUAUUUUUGAAAGAUCUCUGCAAAAACUUCAGACUUAUUUCAAUAUUUAAAUUGUUCCAAAUGCUAAAUUCAAGAGAAGCUUGUAGGAUCAUUUAGGAAUCUAUUUAAUUCUUCGUGAAAGUUCGUUCGAUAGAUAACAUUCAUGAGUGUGCUUAAUUUUUACGAAAAUCGGUGAAGAAUAGAAAAGUUGACACAAGUAUUCAUACUAUUCACAGUUUUCAAAAAUAUAUUUCUAACUAUUAAAGAUUUUCUGUUUCAGUUCUCCAAGGAGUCGUCAUCAGACAACGCAAACAAUUCCGCCGAAAGGACGGUACCUUCAUCUACUUCGAAGACAACGCAGGAGUCAUCGUCAACAACAAGGGAGAAAUGAAAGGAUCAGCCAUCACCGGACCAGUCGCCAAAGAAUGUGCCGAUCUCUGGCCAAGAAUCGCCGCCAACGCUGGUUCGAUCGCCUAA